AGAAAAGCCUUGCUUUCAAUUUUACGUCAUCAAAGUAUGUGCUUAAGAAACUGCGCCUGUCGUAUUCUGCACGUACACAAUUUGUGUAAUACGUCACAGGCGCUUAGUAACCCUUCGCGGCGUCUCAAGUCUUUGGGAGAUAAACCGAGAUGGGUCUGUUGUCCAUCCUGCGUAAGCUGAAGAGCUCCCCAGAUCAGGAGGUGCGCAUCCUGUUACUGGGCCUGGACAAUGGCGGCAAGACCACCCUUCUAAAGCAGCUGGCAUCUGAGGACAUCAGCCAUAUCACCCCCACACAGGGUUUUAACAUCAAGAGUGUUCAGUCUCAGGGCUUCAAGCUGAACGUUUGGGACAUCGGAGGGCAGAGGAAGAUCAGGCCCUACUGGAGGAACUACUUUGAGAACACAGACAUGCUUAUUUAUGUCAUUGACAGUGCUGAUCGAAAGAGGUUUGAUGAAACUGGACAGGAGCUGGCCGAGCUGCUGGACGAGGAGAAGCUAAGCGGCGUCCCGGUCCUGAUCUUCGCCAACAAGCAGGACCUGCUGACGGCGGCUCCGGCCUCCGAGAUCGCCGAGGGCCUCAACCUGCACAUCAUCCGGGACCGACUGUGGCAGAUCCAAUCCUGCUCCGCCCUGACCGGAGAGGGCAUCCAGGAAGGCAUGAACUGGGUCUGCAAGAGCGUCAAUGCUAAGAAGAAGUAGAAUCCUUCCUGUCUUCACUUGCGUUUCUCUCCGAAGGGACAGGCCACUGAUUGUACAAAAAUGAAACCAACGCGGAGCUCAUGGACAUUAAAGAAUUCGACCAGCUUUGAGCAAGGAUGAAACGAACUUAACCUCAGCUUGUCAGUCUCGGACCAUUUCCACCCCUCUCCCCAUCCCAUCCCCUCCCAUUCCUCAUUCCUUUUGGUCUAGCCAGGUACUAAUCCCAAAAGUAACAUUCCUGCACCCACCCCACCCCUCCUCCCCACACACCCAUUGCCUUCCCCCUCUACAAUAUAGUACAUCUUCAGACUCCUGUGGUACUAGUCUGAUUACUGCUGAUGAAACAUAAAGACCAUCUUGGUGUUGGAUUCUUUACUUUUUUAAAACAAUCUCUAUCUUAAGUGCUCAUAGCGCAGUCUUUUUUUUCUUUUCUUGUGCCCACUAUUUUGUGACAUGUCUGUUUGCAGUUUUCCUGUUUCAGUAAAAAGAUUAUUUUUUUGUAACGGUGUCUUCGUGGUGUUAAAGUAACAGGGAUGAAUGUGCUUAAGUAAAUGGAGCGUCUUCCUUUAGUGGGAAACGUGGAAGUGGUAUAUUUCCUGGAAGUAAUAUCUGGACUGAGGAAAAUAUUUGAAAUUUUAAAAUAUGUAGUAUUACAGAUGUGUAAUUACACCUUGAGUGAUUUCCAGUAUACCACAUUGAAUGUAUCUUACGGUGCAUUUCGGUUUACAAUGUUUGGUAUGUAUAAAAUGACAAAUAUGGAAAGUGAUAAUUAUUGAUAUGAAUAGGUACUGCAUUUCUUGAACCCUGUUUGUAUUCUGAAAUUAUUCCUCACAGAGAUACGUUUUACAUCGUAACAUGAAGCACUUUUUGGAUGAAUUCUGAGAAAUCAUUCUCACGUUUGUCUAAGAAUAAGAAUGGAAGCAAAAAAGUAGAGUGUCCAGUUUGGGAGUUUUGGUUCCUUUCAGCCAAGCCUACAUUGGCUAAUAAGUUAAACACUGCGGAAUAUUUUGUUAUACAUGAAUCUGUAUUUAACAAGAAUAUUACACAAAUUGUUUGAAAUUGAAAACCAUUCCAUUCUAUUAUGGUUUUUUAUUUAAAAUUGUUCCUUGCUUUUACUUGUUGUCUUGCUCUUAAUUUCUUUAUUCAGGCCAAGGCUCUUACUGCAAAAAACAAUCAGUACUCAUAUACAAAGACACAAUGGGUCAUUUUUAAUGGUGAGUUUAGUUGUUUAAAAUGCCUUUUUUUCAGACAAAAUGCUUUACUACUUAGGAACAUCGGCUUUUGGCUUCUAAAAUUGCUGAUAUUGAAAUGGUUCCAGUAUGGGUUUUUUUUUCUUGUAAUAUUGACACUAUUUAAGGCUAUCCCACAAUUCUUUGCAAUUUGAGCCCAAAGCUGAGAUCACAGGGGCUUUGUGAACAGCAGGGCCCCUUUUGGGGUGGGGGGGGGACCUGCUGUUCUUUUUGAAGAUUUUAAUUUGCUCUGAAGGUGUGAGAUCUGCACCGGAGAAAAGAGGCCCCUCCCCCUUUCCCUUUGUUCUAAUGAAUGCGCCCACCUUGGCUCCCCUGGUGGAAGCGGGAGGGUAGAAUGAUUGACAGGUUCAGCAGGCUUAAGCAGCUGGUUGUGUCAGCAGAUAAGUGCUGCGCAGCGUCCUUUAGUGGGGGCAGGGUUUCUGGUUCCUGCAGGCCCGUUGCUGUGGCAGUGCUGGUGUUCAGCACCACCUGUGAGUUGUAAGUGGUAGGGAGAGGGGGGGAGGCCUCUUGAUUCCUGUCCCUGCCCCCCAUAAUGCUGAGAGCUGAGUGUCACUAGCAGCACUGCUGAAAUCUGGAUAUCCAGCUGUGUGUGUGUGUGAGAGUGAGAGAGAGAGAGAGAGAGAGAAAUUGUUGAGAGAGUUCAUCCAUUUGCGUGCUUGCGUGUUGUUCAUAUGCACCAGUAGAUGGAAUCACUCCAGAGGCCUCCGAGCACUAAAUAGACAGAGGAUUGUUCCACGGCCCAAAGCAUUGUGGGUAUUUUUUAGUGUUGAACUCUGCAAUUGUGCUUUCUGUGCAUGCAGUACUCUGUUGCCCUUUUCUCCUUCGCCCUGUGGGCCAUAACCAAAUUUCCAGUCCAUUUUUGACGAAUCAUCAUACCAAAUUCAUCUGCUCUUAUUAUUUAUCACUUUCUGGCAUCCAUCCAUUUUCUAACAUAUAAUCUUUUAUAUUAAACCGGAUUUUCACAUACAAUCCAUUUGUAAAUUUAGACUUGAAUUCAAUGGUCUUAUCAAACAGUCAUGGUGAGUGUAUGGGCUGGAGUAGGGAUGGUAUUUUCGACAGUUUAAUUUUAUCACAAUUUCAACAAAUAAAAAGUGGAGCGCAUUGUGAAAUGUG